AGCCCAGAAACGGUGCGGAUGUACCUGCGAAGCGGCUGCCUCGACGCGCGCGUCCUCUCCGCCCGCGUCAUCUCCGCCCGGGAAAACGACACGAAGGCGGCGGGCCCGUGCGCGAACCACAGGCUUGCUGCCGAGCUCCGAGACGGAAGCUCCUGCGAGUCCCCGCUGGAGGCAGCCCCCGAGAGGCGCUCCCGGCGGCGCGGGCCGCCC